AUGCCCUUUCCGGGUCACGUGAGAGCCGGCAUCCUUUUAGAUUUAUCCAUCAGCCUCUCUCACCUCACUCGCACAUGCACAGAGAUGAGAGAGAGCAGCACAAGAGAGUGGAACACAGCAGAGCCGGAGCCCAUCUCCACUGAGUUGAGGGGCCGGCGGUCAGAGAGCUCAGACCAGUCUCAGACCAGCACCCUCUCUCACGGAGCCCCUGAAUUAGCACCCCCCGCCCACCUACAUCUUCCUUGACUGUUGCCUCGAAACUGUGAAAAUGAGGGUGAGCUCGGCUUCGCCCGCCGCUCGCACAGCUGUCACAUGUUCACCAUGCUUGAGUGGGAGGGUGAGCGAGCAGGUGGAGGUCGUUUGUCUGAAGAGGGGGUUGUCACAGAAGCUCCACCACGUCUUCACGUGACGGCCGGGGAACGUCCAGAUGUCAACCUCAACGGGAGUUUUAAUUCUUCCCGCUCAACAUUUGCUUCCCGUUCGAAAGGUCCGGUUGCUGUGAUUAGCGGCGAGGAAGACUCCGCCAGCCCCCUUCAUCACGUCAACCACGGGAUCAUCACCCCGUGCACCCUGGACGCGGGCCCUGACGCGGUCGUCAUAGGGAUGACUCGCAUCCCCGUGGUGGAGAACCCUCAGUACUUCAGACACGGGCACAACUGCAACAAGCCCACCACCCAUCACCGCGCGCACGGGACGGGAAGUCGGGCCAAAGCACGUGCGCUCACCUUCGCCAUGAGCCCCCACCCCCCGGCAGUACACAAACGGAUGAGUGCCUCUCAUCUAAGUAUUGACAUCCCGUGGCGCCACAGAAACACUAAACCGCUGGCACGUCGCAUUGUCCAGCAUAUAAAGAGGAGGGACAUAAUCCUGAAGAGGGAGCUGGGUGAAGGAGCCUUUGGCAAAGUCUUCUUGGCAGAGUGUUACAACCUCAGCCCCACCAAGGACAAGAUGCUGGUGGCUGUCAAGCACUACCCCGUCACACACAGUAAAACAUGGCACAACCACAUCCCCGACAACGGGAAGAAGCUAAAGGGCAAACGUGUGCUGCGUUUGGGGUGUAUCGUUCAAGCCAAGCUACCUGUCACCGAGCUGGCGUGGUAUUCUAAAGCGUGGCAGCCCGCAGCGCUCAUCAUCCAGCUCUAUAUUAAGUUGUGCUUGGCAGCUCCCAGUGUGAGAAUAAAGACGGGUAUGAAUGGGAAGCAGGUUGAUUUUUCAAUACGCCGGUGCCGACUCAGCGAAAGAGACAGAGGCCCCCACAGCUUGACGGAGGGAGAAACGCUGAAAGAUCCCAACCUGUCGGCCCGGAAGGACUUCCAGCGGGAGGCGGAGCUGCUGACCAACCUACAGCAUGACCACAUCGUGAAGUUCUACGGGGUGUGUGUCGACGGAGACCCGCUCAUCAUGGUGUUCGAAUACAUGAAGCACGGCGACCUCAACAAAUUCCUGAGAGCCCACGGCCCCGACGCCAUGAUCCUGGUCGACGGUCAGCCGCUGCAGUCCAACGGAGAGCUGGGCCUUUCCCAGAUGCUACACAUCGCCACCCAGAUCGCCUCGGGCAUGGUCUACCUGGCCUCGCAGCACUUUGUGCACCGAGAUCUGGCCACCCGCAACUGCCUGGUGGGCAACGGCCUGCUGGUCAAGAUCGGAGACUUCGGCAUGUCCAGGGACAUCUACAGCAGUGACUACUACAGGCUCCCCCCUUUCCCCGUGCGGCCCCGGGCCUUCACACCACGCCUGGCGCGUUCAGUGGAGGACGGAGCGCUGCAGCCAUGUGCAAACCAGGCGGCAACUGCUGGGCUAAGAGACGGAGUAUUUUUUCCCGCUGAACAAAUAAGCCGAGUGGAGUGCAUGCCGGAGACGCGGCUGCCCAAAAUAGACCCGGUCUUGCGAAAUGACUUUAGGAAGCUGCUGAGGGAUGGCGCCCUUGACAUUGAGACUCCUGCUGGUAGUUCAAACGCUCCGCGCGGAGAGGGGCUGGACCUUGGGGGUGAUGAGCCCCCGUCCAGACCGGCUCCACUUUAUCUCCGCUUGGCAGCAGCAGCUCAGCGGGCGUCCGGCGAGUGGACAUCAGAGCCUCUGAGAGCCCACUCGCGCUCGCCGCCGUUUGAGCUGGGCGAACAGAGAUAG